ACACAUGGGGUUGUAAUUCUGUCCUUAUUACCUUUGGCGUCGGUGCAACCAGAAGAGGGUAAAGAAAAAAUCGACAAAGUGUCAUUUUUUAUAGGUUAUGAAUGCAAUAAUAUUUUUAUUGUUAUAAUUAACGUGCGCAAUCACACAGCAUAUAAACAAUGACCGUUGAUGGAGCAACUGGCAAUGAACAAGUAAUUUUUGCCACUGGUAGCUAUGAUCAUUCAAUUAAAAUAUGGCAAGCUCACACUGGACAUUGUCUACGAACUGUUCAACACACUGAAUCACAAGUCAAUGCUUUAGAUAUAACACCAGAUAAAUAUGUAAUAGCAGCAGCUGGUUAUCAACACAUUCGAAUGUAUGAUUUAGGAUCCAAUAAUCCAAAUCCAGUUAUUAAUUAUGAGGGUGUUACGAAAAAUGUCACGGGAUUAGGAUUUCAGGGAGAAGGAAAAUGGAUGUACACAGGUGGAGAAGAUUGUUCGGCAAGAAUUUGGGACUUGAGAGCCAGUAGUUUUCAAUGUCAAAGGAUAUUUCAAGUAUCAGCGCCAGUAAAUUGUGUAUGUCUACAUCCUAAUCAAUCGGAAUUAAUUGUCGGCGAUCAAAGUGGAUUGAUACAUUUAUGGGAUUUGCGCUCUGAUCACAAUGAACAAUUGAUUCCAGAGGCAGAGGCGUCGAUACAAGACAUAGCCAUAGAUCCAGAGGGUACUUAUAUGGCGGCUGUAAAUAAUAAGGGUCAUUGUUUUGUUUGGGCUUUAACCGGUGGAAUUGAAGAUGAGCCAACUCGACUUAAUCCUCGUCAUAAACUUGAAGCACAUAAACGUUAUGCACUUCGAUGUAAAUUUAGUCCCGAUUCAACUCUUCUUGUAACAACGUCAGCUGAUCAAACAGCACGUGUUUGGAAAACAAUGGAUUUUUCUGAAGUUCAAGUUCUUCAACAUGAAGCAAAACGUUGGGUUUGGGAUGCAGCAUUCAGUGGAGAUUCACAAUAUAUUUUCACUGCAUCUUCAGAUGGAGUUGCUAGACUAUGGAAUAUUGCCACUGGAACGGUGGAAAGAAAAUAUGAAGGUCAUCAAAAAGCCAUAACAGCACUUGCAUUUCGUGAUGAACUUCCGUCUACUAGUAAUUAAAAUAAUUAUUAAUUUAGAAUUUCAACGAUCAAAACAUUUUUUUUUUUUAAAUUGUCACGAAUUUUAUUUUAUUUUAUUUUUUUUUCGCUAUAUUUAUGUACAUAAAGUGCUAAUAUGCAAUAACAAAUUUAUACGAGAAACAAAAUUAAUGUGUAGUUGAAAUUUUUUAUCUAAAACUAAUUUACGUAUAGCAUUAUUUAUAAAGCCGUUUUUAUACGUAUAAUAUAAAAGCAUAUAAUGCAUUUUUUGAAAAUUGAAAUUUUGUCCCAAAAAAAAAAUUUGUACACAUAUAUUUUGAAAUAUAUAUGUAUAUAACAAUAAAUGCAAAUAUUUGAUACUUUGUAAUUAGUAACGAUUUUAUUUUAUUUUUUUAUAUUACUCUCAUUCAUUCUCUAUGUAAUUAUUAUUAUUAUUAUUCGUUAAAAGUUACCAGUCUUAAAAUAGAUUUAUAUAUAUACGCUUCAUAAUUCUUUGUAGCAUCGAACGUGUAAAUAAAAUUUAAAACAUGAAUACA